AUGGACUCCCCUCACGCAAACAAUGACAAUAAUACUAAUGUUAUUGAAACGAUUACAACUAAAAAGGGAACAAAGAUAUACAUUAAAACAUUAGAUUUGGUACAUGUUGAAAGAGCUGCACUCGUCGUCAACUUGGCUUAUCGUGGUCCAAACUUUGAAGGAAAUAAACAACCACAACAACAACAACAAGAAGAGGAUGAUGAGUGUUUGGUAGAUGGUGCAGAUGAAAGUAGUAGAACUACAACAACAACAACAAAAAAGAAAGUAUGGACCAAUGAAGAAGCAUUCUUUUCAAAUGGAAAGAGAAUAGAUGAAGAUGGUUUAAAGAAAGAGAUUCGUUGGCAGAGUGACAACCCAUUAUUGAAACACAUCUUUGUGGCAGAGAUGAUGAUCAACAAACAACAACAAGAUGGAACGUAUAAAGAGAUGUUAGAGGUGGUUGGUACCAUCAAAUUAGAAAGAGACCAAGUAAAAGACAGUGAAGGUGGUAUGGGUCUAUUGAGUGUAGACCCAGCCUAUCAAAGUCACGGUAUUGGAAGAGAACUCAUUCACUUUGUUGAACGGUACUCUAAAGAACAUUGGAGUCUUCACAAAAUAGUCAUCUAUGUAGUGUCACUCAGAACAGAGUUGAUUGCAUGGUAUGAUUCACUAGGUUACCAUUCAACCAAUCUCUACGUUCCCUAUCAUAACCCAGACUUUUCAUCAUUACAACGAUUUGAUUUACAAUUCAUUCAAAUGGAGAAAAUACUAUAA